AUGGCAAAGGUGCUUGACAGUCUGCUGGACGAUCGUCUCGAAAGUUAUUUGCACUUGCACGACGCACAGUUCGGGUUUCGUUCCAAACUUUCAACUGAGAGUGCGGUUCUGACUCUCAAACAUACGGUUCGCUACUACACUGAAAGACCAACGCCAGUGUACGCUUAUUUUCUCGACCUCUCCCGUGCUUUCGACCUGGUAUCGUGUGAUGUUUUGUGGGACAAGCUUCGAGAUAGAGAUGUACCAGCGGAGUUGUUGCGUAUAUUUCAAUACUGGUAUCAUAAUCAAGUGAACUACGCGAGGUGGGCUAAUAAGGUCUCAGACUCCUUCAAAUUACAGUGUGGAGGGUCGGCUGUCGCGUGCAUGACGUCAGCGUCAAUAACAUCAGUAACGCGGAUGACAUGA